AUGACAAAGUCAAUGCAAACUCCCUCGAAGGCGAAAUCUUCAUCUAAGACUAAAGCAAAACCCAAAAUUAUAAAGCUCAAGCCUAAGAAAAGUACAAAAUCAACCAGUGAAUCUGCACUCACACCUGUUGCAUCUCCACCCAUACCCUCUAUUGUACCUAUACCAUCGUCCUCUACUACUAUUGCACCUUCAAUUCCUACCAAUACUAGACUUUUAUCCCCAGACCAACUUCCCAUGCACCUGUAUGUGAAAUCACCUACAUCAAAGCUUGAUAUUCUAGUCUCUGCUAUUGAGGUUACCCCGUUGCAAAUUGUUGCACCCAUGAGUGACAAAUCACAUAUAGAGGAUACGACUAUAGAAAAGGAAGUUGUAACGCAAGAGAAAAAUGUGGACGCCAUUGGUAAUAUACCUGUGGUUGAGGGGGAAGGUGAGAAAGAAGUAGAGAAUAAAGAGGAUUCUUAUGGUACUUCUUACAAUUGGACUGAGGAUGAGGAUGAUGAGGAUGAUGAGGAAGUUAACGGGGAGGGAGGAGGAGAAGCCAGAAGUGAAAGUGAUGGUACUGAACCUGAGAGUGAAGAGGAGAAUUCUAGUGAGGAAUCUGAAGGCUCCAUGGCUAUUGGGAAUAUAGCCACGGCCCCUUUAGAAGAAGUUCAUGAAGAGGAAAGGCCUAAAGAACCUAGGUCUUUGUUAACUCCUUUUGUUGGAGAUGAUGAUGUUGACAGUGAUGAGGAUGAUUUGCCCAUAUCUGUGGUAGGAAAAAAGGUCAGGAAGGCCUAUGUCAAACCUACACGACCAGUUCCCCAGGCAAGAAAGGAAGUGGCUCCUCUUGCUAGGACUCCUUUCACUAGGAGCAAAAGAAAAGUUGUAGUUGAACAGAUAAUCAAGGAGUCUAGGAGUGCCAAGAAAAUAAGAAUGAAAAUUCCUACUGUUGAACCUGUAGUUAAGUUGUAUGAAGAGUAUAAAUCUGGUCCUUCUCUGUAG